GGAGCCCCAGUGCUGGCCCCGGAGCGAGCACUGGCAGUCCAAACCUGCCGGUGUCACAAACGUAAAAGCAGCAGUUCUGCGGUCCCGCGCUGCAGCAGGUUGGGAUGUUGGUCUCUAUCCUUUCCUGUCACAUGGCUGGUAAUAGGAUCCCUCAUCUGCCACUCGGCACCUCGCCGGGGCGCAGUUACAGGACAUAUGCUGUAGGGCCUCCGCUUCCCGCACUUUGCGCUCUUCCCGGCCGUCCGCGACCACCUCUGCCCCCGGAGCCCCGGGGCUGCCGCCUGCGAGCGCGGUGCGGCCCGGCGGCCGCUGCUCAUGGAGCCCCCCGCCUUCGCCGCCGUCCUGGCCUUCUCAUGGCUGGCGCUGAGCUGCUGCCGCGAGUCCGCUCUCUCCGAAUGUUAUACAGCAAAUGGGGCUGACUAUCGUGGCACUCAGAACCAGACCUCCCAAUAUGCAGGGAAACCUUGUCUUUUUUGGAAUGAGACCUUUGAGCAUCCUUAUAAUACUUUGAAAUAUCCCAAUGGGGAGGGAGGGCUUGGAGAGCAUAACUACUGCAGGAACCCUGAUGGAGAUGUCAGCCCCUGGUGCUACAUUGCAGAGCAUGAGGAUGGAAUAUAUUGGAAAUACUGUGAGAUUCCAUCCUGCCGAAUGCCGGGUAAUCUAGGGUGUUACAAGGACCAUGGAGAGCCACCUUUGACUGGCACCAGCGAGACUUCCAAUAAACUUACUAUCCAAACAUGCAUCAGUUCCUGCCGAAGUCAACAAUUUAAGUUUGCAGGCAUGGAAUCAGGUUAUGCUUGUUUCUGUGGAAAUAAUCCUGACUACUGGAGAUACGGGGAGGCAGCCAGUACAGAAUGCAACAGUGUUUGCUUUGGAGACCAUACUCAGCCUUGCGGUGGGGAUGGCAGAGUCAUUCUUUUUGACACCCUUAUUGGUGCCUGUGGAGGGAAUUACACUUCUGCUACAGCUGUGAUCUAUUCCCCAGAUUUUCCUGACACAUAUGGCACAGGCAAAGUCUGUUACUGGACCAUACAAGUUCCAGGAGCAUCUCGAAUCCACUUCAGCUUUGCUCUUUUUGAAAUCAAAGAUGCUACAGAUAUGGUGGAAUUGCUGGAUGGCUAUACCUAUCACGUUCUAGCUCGUUUUAAUGGCAAGAAUCGGCCUCCCCACACCUUUAAUAUCUCUUUGGAUUUUGUCAUUUUGUACUUUUUCUCAGAUGAAAUCAAUCAAGCCCAGGGAUUUGCUAUCAGAUAUAGAGCUGUGAAGGACAAUGUGCAUCAAAAGAAGAUUCCAAUGAAUCAGACCCUUUCGGAGAAGAUAAAUGAACAAGCAAAUCUCAGCAUCAAUGCAGCCCGGUCAUCAAAGAUACUUUAUGUUAUCACAACCAGCCCAAGUCAUCCUAGUAGCUCCAUGCCUGAGUGGACAAUAUAUAGUCUCACAGCACUGCUCAUCCUAAGUAUUACAGCCAUAAUAGCAAAGAUAUUUCUCCACAUUACCAUGAGAUCCCAUCAGAUACCAUCUGCAACUGAAACAGAAGAUUCCAGCGAGGUUACUACUGCUGGCGAGAUCUGGAGUAUAUUUUACCAGCCAUCCACAUCGAUAUCCAUCUUCAAGAAAAAGCUUCGAAGUCAACAAGAUGAUUGCAACCCACUAGUGGGAAACUGAAGUGUCUUUUAUUUUACAAGAAUCAAUCUUCUUAAAAUCCAGGUGACUUGGGAAUAAUCCUUUUUUUUCCUCCCAAUCUCAUACUUGUUUUCCAAAAAGACAAUUUCUAAAGCCCUUUGGGUGAUUUUGCCUAUCUGCUGUUCUCUUGGGUAUACUAGUGACAACAGAUUUAAUUGUGGCAAUAGUUUUGAAGCAUCUGGUGCUCAUCAAAUCUGUAGUGCUGUUAAUUACUGCCUUUAAACCAAUGCACUUGAAAUACAUGUAAAAACCUGUAAAAUUCAAAAUGUCCUGUACACCUGCCAAAAGUAAUUGAACAAGUAUCUGCAGGUUGAGGACUUCUUCUGUCCUGCUUUCCUGUAUCACUGUAUUAUAUCAGGAUACUUUAGUCCCUUUAUUCUCAAGGCUGAAGACAGAGGUAGCUACUGAUAACCUGUUCAGCUGCCACAGCAAGCAGAGCUUAUUGGCCUUAAUGUAAACAUGUCUAAAUGGUACUGUACAGUAAAAUGGGAGUCAAAGACUUUGAGAAACUAUCAGCCUGGUUGCACAGUGCUCUGCUGUUUCUACAUUUUCUGUUUCUACAAGCAGAGAUGUACAAAUAAAAAUCAAAUCAAAUUCAGCAGGCAAACACUCUAUGGAGUUUCAGUUGCAAAUUUGAGUUUCGAUGGAGUAAUGCUCACCAGGUCAAGGUCUGCACGAACAAUGAAGACUUUUAAACGACUAUGUCUGAUCCAUCAUUCACCAAUAAUUAUAAUAAUUUUGUUCAUAUUCACAGUGAUCCUUUAAAAAACUAUUGUACUCCAGUCUGAAGUCCUGCAUUCAUUCUGGAUGUAAGCUUAGGGCUUCUUAAAGGAUUGUCCAAAGAAAUUGUAAAUCCACUGUAUUUUUAAACAGUGAGGCUGACACAAAUUCUUACUCUGAAGUUAAACAUAUUGAUCUCAGCAGCCUAAACUAUUUACAAAGAUGUAGCCUGCUAUCAACAGCCUAACACAGCCCAGGCUGUGUAUCUGAACAUAUAUGCAACAGUUGCCUUGAUACUUAUCUGUGAGAAAAAAAAGUGUCUCCUUGCCUGCAAAAUUAAAACUGAACUGCAUUUUUAAGAUUAAUGCCCUUAAUUGUUAAAGAACUAAAACAUCAGUGGGGUUCUGAUCUGUGGAAUAAUUUCUCUUUGAUUGCAACAGUCAGCAUUAACUAUUUUUUCUCUUUGGUAGAAUAUCUGUCCACCCACAAUGCUCAUACUUCUCAUCCCGCUACCGCAGAUCAACAGUGAGUCUUUCAGCCUCAGCAAGUCCAGACCAGCAAGAUAUUUAGGAAAAACUGACAAUACAGAAGUCUGAUAAAUUAACUGGCAAAGUUUACUGAGUGAGCAGCUCCUCAAACUAAGUUAGAGGAAAUUCAGUCAGAGCCAUUAAAGUACAGUAAUUCUGGUUAAGACAAAAGGAAUAAAUAUCAGUUUAAACAUAUACCAAUGGUCUGUGUAUACCAGACCUGCAGUCAGAGAACAAAUACUGAAUACAUCUGCAAAAGAUAACUAAUUAAGAAAAUUGUCACUGAGUUUAAAUUCAUUGUAGUAUCUGCCCUUCUGUUUUUAACAUAUAAGUACCUCCCCUUCAUGAGGUCUAUAGAUUUCCUUGAAAAAAUAGGGCAUCUAAGAAUUAAACAAUGAAAAUUGUGCCUUAUUUGCCAUUGUAGAUCUAGUCUUUCACCUGAAUCAAAUUCAUUCCAGCUCCAUUUAUGUACCGUACAUGAGUGCCAGAGACAGCUGAACAAUACCACCAUAAACACUUAACAGAGACAAGACUUUACUAAGCCAGCAAUUAUGGAACUGUUUAUAUCAAAAAAUGGAAUAUCAUGGGAACAUCUAGUACUUUCUUGCAUGAGCUACUGGAAAGAAUACAGGAAAAGAUAAUUACAGUAUCACCUAAAAUCAAGAGAGGACAAGUUGUAAAAUACACUGGUUUUCUCUUAUAUGUUAUCAGGUUGGACCAAAACCAUUAUCUGUUUCAGACUCAACAAAAAUUUUUAAAUUGCCUUUUUAACAGUCAGAUUUUGCAUCAUGCUGUGUAGGGAAAGAGUCCACCUCAUAGAUGGAGGAGAGAGUCAGAGUGUAAAGCUAGAUCCUUAAGAGUUCAGUUAUGAGCACAUUGUGAUGAAGCUUUGUUUGCUUGCCUUGUCAAAUGUUCUUGAGCAGUUAAACGUUUACAGUCAAAGGGACAUUUAUAAAGCAGUUAGAUAAUGCUGAUAAACUGAAAAAGCAUCAGGAGCACCCCAUGACUGAUUUCUACCUACUGCAAAAGGAAAAAAAUACAGAACUGUUAAGCUUCUCCAUUUCACUGUAAAAUUAGAGAAAGUCCAUUACAAACAACAACAACAAAGACUGAUGCUACUAAUGCAAAUUCUAGAGAAUUUAGAAACUGAGGUUUUGCAUUGGUCCCUUAGGUCCUCAACUAUUUUUUAAAUAAUAAAAUUGUAUUUCAUGGGCCUUUCUUAGGGAAUAUUUAUCCAAUUUCUGUACGAAAGAUCCAUAAAACCAGCAGUUAUAACAGAUUAACUGGCCAUCACAACAAUGAACAUGACUAAGCAUAAGGUAUUGGACAGUGCACAGGUGAAAACACUGAUAAAAGUGUAGAGGAAAUUGUUAUGUUCCACCCAGAUCUUUCAGAUUGUCUGAUUCUAGAUAUCUCUAAUACUAGGAAACAGAGCAAUAGAUAGAAAUGCAUGGACAGGGUCCUUAAAUAGCACUUCUUAAUAUACAGGCUGGCGACCAUGAAGAGCAGGUAGAUCUCUACUGUGGAUUUUUUCGAAAUGUGGUGUGGUCACUUGCACUCCUAGUACAAACACUUCACUGGUAUGGUGGUAUAUGGCCAACAUAUAUGGUAUCCAUUAACAUAGCACUUUAUGAUCUUUGCUAUAAGGGUUUGGGAGAGAAAGAAGGGAAGUCUGACACGCACAACUGUUGUAAUCCCCCAUGAUUCGACAUACAGAAACGCCCCUAUGACACUAGCAGCUGAGUACUGACAGCUGGAGGGCACGGACACCUCAGGAUGUUAGUGUUUACAGCAUUUUCUUCAACAAAUUGAAAAUAACUGCAGAAGCAGCAUUUGUUUGGAAUUGUAUCUGAAUGGCUUUCUGACCUCCUACCUAGCAGUUCCCUCAACAGGCUGGACAGGCUGCAAAUGUGACAUUGGCCACAAUUUCAAAAGCAACUGUUCUGACAACAAAACCAUCAUGAGGAGCUGCCUCCUCAUAUGCACACAUUCCAGCCCCUGCUCUGGUCCCUUCCUCACUCUGUUGUGUUGGUAUGACCGGCUGUGUGGUGGUGCAAUAAACUGAUCAGGUUAAAAAUUA